CGGUUUGGAUGGAAGGUCCUCGAUGGAUUUGGGAUGAAAUGGCUGAUCAAUGGACUCGUAAUGGUCCCAUAAGAGUCGCUCUAAAGCGACUUAAUAACUCGCAGAACAUAAGCGCCGACUAUUUGAAUCAAAUUUAUAAAUAUCACCAAUGUGAGAAUUUUUUUGGAAUAACCAAAGAUCAUUCCUCUAAUUAUAUGUUCGUAAUGAAAUACGAAAGUAAAUCCUUAAAUUCAUAUAUUGAUGAAAUUCAAGGAAUGAUUUGUUGGAGAGAUAUUGUUGAAAUGCUUUGGGAAAUAGCUGGAGGGAUUGAAUACAUUCAUGAGAAAGGAUUAAUUCAUGGAAAUCUUCACGGAGGUAAUAUAUUGGUUGGUGAUGAACAAGAUCCAGUUAGCAAUAAUACACGUUUAUCAGGCGACUUUAAACCUUCAGUUAUUGCAGAUGAAGAAGUUGAUUUCUUAGGUAGUUUCGCAAAGGCUAAUAAUAUAUGUUAA